AUGACGUACCUACCCGAAACAAGUAUGGCGGUAGAUGUUGUUUUGACAAGCCACAUCCAAAACACCAUCGUAAAUGCCAUCAAAUACGAUCAUAUUCCACAGGAUCUCGCCGAACGACUAUCACAAUAUACAGAAGUUUCUCUGGAGAAACAAAAUUCCACGCAAGGGGUCUGCAAAGUUCCUAUUCCGUUUAAGUUAGUGAAGCAACUUUGGAAAUGCGUCCGAGAGAAGCAUGAUUCAGGUAAAAUAAUUCAACUCAAAUAAGCAAUAAUUCUUUAGUCAACUUACAAGCUCUUUAGAACAUGAUCUUGGGAUCUUUCAUACUCAGAGAGUUCAUAAAUUUUACUUUCUUAGCCAUCGGUAGGAAGGAACCUUUCUUUAAAAAAGAGUAUUCCUAGAAGAUUUGCAGUAUAGAAGUCGAUCGCGAAACGUCACAAUCAAUAUAAUCGAUAGCCUGACUUUUACAUCGUGAGACAAACGAUUAAAUGUUUUUUUUUUUAUCUAAGAGUAUUUCAUUUUGUUUCUUUCCAGAUUCAAGCUCAAAUAUGUAUUUACACGAGUUGCUUUGUGGAAGUGAAGUUUAUGUAGAGCCACUAAAACUACCAGAAAAGGUAGGUGAUAAAAUAAUUUAUAUUGUAAUCACUGAAAAGUCUCUUAAAUGCCCAGUUUGAAUUUAGCCAUUGACUCCCUCUUCUUUGCCUUUUCAUCAGACCGUAAAUUUUACUUUACAUGUACACAUCUAUCCAAAUUUUCUAAUGUGAAUAACGUUAGUUUUUUUUUUCAUUCAGAGUCCAGAGCUUGUAGCACGUCUUAAGAAACUAAAAGCAAAACAAGAAAAAGCGGAGUAUGAAAGAAUGGUUUCAAAUAUUGAUCAAAAGGUAGUGUAUAAUCCUGAAAUUUUCUUGCUUGAGGGAAAAGGUCGCUCCAGAAACAUAACUGUCUUUACCGCAUGAAAGAGUACAUACCAUAUUUUCUCAAAUAAGCACCUGAGUGCUUAUUCAAAAUUUUGAUUAAAAGGAGGGGCAUUUAUAGGAAAGAGUGGUGGGCUUAUUAUUCUCUUGUACUGAUUCCGCUGUAGGCAAAGCUAAAACGAGUGUUAAAUAAAGUGGUAGUAGAAACAGGUUUUACUUCUAUAUCAACCAUUUAAGAAAGUGAAGGAGGUGGGGGGUGCUUAUUUGAUAGGGGUGCUUUUUUUACAUUAUUGCUGACGGCAUGGCCACCUAUUUGGGGUAAGACCCUUAUCAGCUCAUGGGCACUUGUUCAUAGAAGUACUGUAAAUGAAAUAUGGCAGUGGUCAGGCUUUGAGAUCAAAAGGGUAACUUUGCUGUUGGCAAAUUACCUUCAACAUACUAAAAAUUUGUAUACAGAUGCUUUAACCUUGAAUUUUCCUUAGUAACCUGAUUGUUCAGCUGAUAACAUUAUUUUGAAACAAAUGAUAAUCUAACUCCAUUGUUUCCCAGCUCUUGGUAACUUGUGCAAUAAGAUAUUCUUGUGUCAAAUUAUGUUUUUUUCUUUAGGGUGACGACCAGAGUAGAUAAUAUCAUGAAACAAAUGUUUUAGUUCCUUCCCAUUUGAAGCAUAUCAGGCCCAGAUGAUUGUGACUUUUUGUCAAAAUAGUGGCCACCCCUAUCAUGUUUUAAGCACAAUUUUUGAAUGAUUGUGUUACAAGUUGGAGUCUCAAGUUGCAUUACAUGUAAAGGGUAAAUUUUUUAUGUGCAAACUUUUCCAGAGCGUCGUUUAAGGUUACUUUUUUCUGGGGCAUACUUUCCCUUUUGGUAGCUUUGAGGCCUUUGCAAUUCCAUGUACAGUUAAGGUAUCAUGGAAGGAAAAAAAAUCAUUUUCUCUUCAAUUUCCUGAAAAUUUCUUAUCUACUAAAAAAGGAAAUAAAGAUCUACUAGAUUCUGAAAAUUUCAUAUUUGUAUCUUUUUUACUUCAUGAGAUAUAAAGCUGAGAGUAAAAUGGAAGAAGCAAGAUUGAUGACACAUUAUGUCAACUUCUUGUCACCUAAUUAAUGAUAACAUAUCCAUUAUUGAUUUAUAAUGAUGCACUGUAGAGUUUUUUUGAAAUUGCUCAAUCGUUAUCAAGUCUAUACUUACUUUAGUUCAUUGAGAGAGUUAGAGAGAUUGUUCUUGUAAUUCACAUUUUAUAGGGAUAGCACAAAUAAUUUUUAUGCUACUUCAGUUAGAAUGAAAAUAGUGAUUUUCCUUCUGUAAUACUUUACGUCACUGAAAACUUACUUUCAAACAUAAUGUUAUUUUCUCUAUCUUGCGACACCUAGUAUCAGUGUCUGCAUCUUACCACUAUGGGAGUCAUUUAAGGUCAUAAACUAAUAGAAGUAAUUAAAAUAACUGUGAACUUGGUAGGGCUGAGACAUUAGGGCACAGGGGAACCAAGCAAAGGCAAAUUCCUGAUAAGAGACCACCAAGAUCUUGACUUUAUUAGCAUUUUUUUCCCAAGGGUAGCCUGAGAAUAAUUAUAUUUUACUUUGUCUGAGGCAGAGUGGUGGGAUGGUAUAAAAAUGAGUAGACUGAUCUGAAUUUAACCCUUUAACCCCUAAGAAUGACUGGCAUCUAAUUUCUCCUCACCAUAUCAUCCUUGAAUCAAAAAUUAAGGUCAGGAGAUUAAAGGAGCUGAUCACCCACUAAAUAAACUCUUGAUUGUUAGACAAAUUCUCCAUGUUGGCAUCUUAGGAAAUGUUUAGAGAACAGUAUGGAGAAUAUGCAUACUGAUAUUAGGGUGUAAAGGGUUAGAGCUGAAACUUUCAAUAUUGUAAUGUUUGCAGUUUGGGGGGUGGUUACAUAGUUUGAAACCAUAAUUCCUACAUGCCCAAUUAUGAAAUGUUGGUUUAGAACAUCAAAAGGAAUUCCUAAAAUCAAAUGUAAGAAUAGAACAUUCUUUGUACCAAAAAGUAACAUUUGUGUCUUCACAAGCCCUUUUUGGUCUGCUAAGAAAUUGUGAAUUUUUUGGAGCUUGUGUGUUCUUAACUCCGGUUUUCUUUGUUUUACUCUGUAGUGGCAUCAAACUGAUGGAAUGCAAUUUGGACAAGAAGGUGAGUGUUGACAAUUUUAUUGAAAUUAAUUACAUCAUCUAAAUGUGCAGAUGAAACUCAAGUGGAGAAAUGGGCCUUGUUGGUGAGCUACAAUUAUGGCAACUGCAGAAAAGAGGCUUAAAAAAUUUUAGCUUCAAUGUGAUUCAAACCCAUGUCUCCAAGAUACUAAUUGGGUGCCACUACAAACUGUAUUUAAGAGCCACAGGGUGAGAGUGAUACAAAUUUUGGUGGGUUCUGGUUGUCCUGUGGUGGAAUCUGAUAAAAAUUUAAUGAAAUAAUUCAUGUUGGAGAAAUAAUCCUUUCAGGUGAGCUGUAAUUUAAGCUCAGUCUUCUCUUUUGCAAUAUCACUUAAAUCUGUGAAACAUUUGGCUGAUAUCACUAUUAAUUUCCUUGUGGGUUAUUCAUAGUAAUUCAUAUCUGUGACCAAUUUGUUUUAACCAACACAUGCUAAAACUGUGAAUCAUGUUUUUCCUUUCAGUUCGCUCUGGUGGCAAACAGUUGUCUUCAAUAAUCAACUUCCUGUUGUCAAUAAUUGCAACAUUCACAUUUGGUUACAUUGCAUCACAGUACGCUUUUCCUUCCAUUGCUGCGGUAUGUAACUUUUAAAGGUGUUAUGCAACCCCCCCCCCCCGCACAGGUAAAUAGUACUUUUUGCACAUGCCGAUUGGCUAGUUUGGAAGUGAUUAGCAAGUACUAUUUACCUCUGAGUACCCAAAGGAAUAAGUCAAAAUCACACCUCAAGAGUUCAAUUUCAGACCAUUUCUUGGUUUAUCAACAGAAACAGGCUUAUUUUUUGCUUUCUGUGUUGUUGUGGUAUUUACUUAUUAUAGAAACAAUUAUUCACACAAGUGUCUGUAAAAGUGGUGGAGAUUCACAGAGCCACAAAGCCACUCAUAAAAUAUCCUCCAUGCUCAGAGAUUGGGGCUUCUAUAUGUUUUGAAAAAUUCCCUUGGCACAAGUUAAAGCUAGCCAGAGUAAGAAAUGUUUGUGAAGUUGAGAUUAACUUUGACCCAAAAUCAUGGCCUUAACCUUUGGAAAACCUCUUCAGUUGUAACUUUUGGUCAAUAACAGUCUAAAAUUAACCUAUGAACCCUUGUCAACAAACAUGGAGAAUUCAAAGGGAUUUUUAAUCUGACAGUUCAGCUAAAAGAGGGCAGUGAACUGAGUAAUCCCUGACCUGGUUGGAAUCAAAUAACUGACCAUUAUUGUUUCUUUUUGUUUCAGCGAGUGAUUAUUGGAGUUUUGCUGGCAUUCAUUGUAGCAAUUGCUGAAUUGUAUUUCAUGGCUAGAGUGGAGAUUUGA